AGUACCCGUAUAUCAAGCGCAUACGUUUUACGUCAUCAGCCCUGGCCACACAUCAGGAGAAAACAUUUUCGCCGCUAUGUUCAAGAUAAGGCAGUUGAUUGCUGCACCUGGUAGCUUAAGCUUGUUUGCUGUACACAUAUAUGCUGAUUCUGCUGGGAAUAAAUCCUCCAAAAAGAACCUAUUAAAAGUUGAUGAGCUUUCACUCUAUACAAAUCCAUCACCAAAAUCAAAGUAUGUGGAAGAUCCAGAGUCACAACUGGAAGGAAGUAUUUCUCAUCUGCGGCAAUCUUUGGCGCCAUAUGCAGCUUGGGUUCAGGACUGUACUGGGAAAGCUAUGCCUAAGGUAGAAAAGGCCUGUGAAUAUGUUAAAGAGAGUUAUGAAAUCAUCAAAGCUCCAUCUCCAGGAUUUUAUCCAAGGCUUGGUGUUAUAGGUUUUGCUGGUAUUAUUGGAUUGUUCUUGGCAAGAGGUUCUAAAAUUAAAAGAUUGGUGUAUCCAAUAAGCUUCGUGGGGAUUGGUAUUGCUGUCUACUAUCCACAGCAAACAGUUGCUGUUGCCAAGGUAACUGGCCUUCGUCUCUAUGACUGGAGUCUACAAGCAUAUAUAAGCCUAGAAUCUCUUUGGAAAGAUAGUUCAAAAAAGGAAAAGUCUGCAAAAGCAAGUAGCAAGAAUCUAUGAAGAUGGAACACAGUUUGCCACUGUCUUCGCUUUGGAAAGAUUGGUAAAGCUGUCGAAUAAGAAAUACUAUGAUUGUGUUCUGCCAGCUUUGGACUUAUGGUCAAAGUUCUGCAUGAUUAUCUUAAGCUCCUUCGAGACCUGAGUCUCUCUCUGAAUUCCUGAGCAAUACUUGCAAAGAAAUAUGUUUAAUUAAAUUUAAUGAGAUGUAAUGCUACAUAAAUGUUUAAGAUUAGGCUGCAAAUUAAUGUCAAAACGUCUUAGUCUCUUGUCACUGUUUGUAAGCUUAAUUAAAAU